AUGCUGGUGCUGUUGUUCCUUGGCGUACUUGCUCUCAGUCAAGCGAUUCAGGCAGACGAUAGUUCGACUCCGUAUGUAAACAGCUACUACGUGGCAUGCGGCCCAACCCAUACAGAUUGCGUAGAAAAUAAGUGUGUUAUGUUUGAUAGAGGAAUAACCUUGUGUACUGAGUGCAAAUCUGGAAAGGUACCCAUCAAUGGGGCAUGUGUUGGAGCAGGGGAUUCCUCCGUUGAUACUUCAGUUUGUGUUACAGCACAGACCAAUGACAACGGUGCUACAAAGCGCUGCACGUCAUGCACUGGUAGAAAGGGAAGUAGAAGUGACGAUCCUAAUGCAGAGACAACUUACUUCCUAUUUUAUGGUGGUUGCUACAGCAAGGAUGAGUGGCCUGGCUCACACAUCUGUAAGACUGUUUCAAGUGGUAUGUGUAGCGUUUGCGAAACAUACUCUGAAAGUGUUUUUACGAACUCGGAUAGUACUGCCAAGGAAAAGUGUAUCCUGUGUGGUGAUACUGUUGGCUUCAAUGGUAAGGUUGGAAUGGAUGGUUGUUCAACCUGUGUUUCUUUAGCAAAAGAUCCUGCACCAAGUAAUGCUGCAAGCACUGCUAGUAUUCAGUGUACUUCUUGUUCAGCUGACGAUAAAGCUCCGAUUGAUGGUGUAUGUACGGCUUUUGGUUCCAAUAAGUGUGAGAAUGGGUACUGCACUCACUGUUCAACUGACUAUAUCUAUCACAAAGGCGGGUGUUAUAGCAAAACUGGGACAGGAAAUACGAUAUGUGACUCAGCUAGCCAGUUUGAAAUAAGUGGUUAUUCUGCCUGUAAGAAGUGUGCUAAUUCUAGUGAGAUCCCUCACAAUGGUAAUUGUAAGCCGUCUGGUAGAUGGAAUAGCUGCGAAAAGGAUGCGUCCGAAGGAAGGUGCACUGCUUGCAAUCAAAACUCCCCCAUCCGCAGCGUCUUUUUGUAUGAAGGUGGUUGUUAUAAUACAAACGAUGUCCUUGGAAGCACCAUAUGCGUAGAGGCCUUCAAUGGUAAGUGUACUACUUGCAGAGAAGAAAACGGAUACUUUAAAAGGGAUGGAACAUGCAACCUUUGUAAUGCCUCAAUUGCUGACUGUGCUAGCUGCGUUACUAAGUAUAAUGAGCCAAACACACUCAUAUGCAUCGGCUGCAAAAACAACAAGUAUGCAGCCGUGGGCGGUGCAUCCUGUGUUGACUCGUGCCCAGCAAAUAAUCCAGGUAGGUGUGAUGAAAAUGGUAUUUGCCGCUGCAAAUGUGGCUCAGGAACCUACUUAGACACUGGCACAAGUAACUGCGAGGCAUGCGAUCCAGUUUGCGCAGAUUGCACGGGCCCUGGAGCUAGUAGCUGUAUCUCAUGUGCUUCGGGAAAAUACAUGAAGUAUAGUGCCUCAGGCAAAAUCUGUGUGGAUCCCUCUGAAUGUGGUGACGGGUACUAUGCAGACACCGACAGCCGUUCGUGUUUCCAGUGUGGCAUUGAGGAGUGCCAAACAUGUACCUUCAGCAACAGCAGAGUCAUGUGCACAAAGUGUUCCCAAGGAUUGAUCUCGCUAGAUAGUUCUUCGUGUGUAUCUCAGUGUAAUGGACCAAAUCAGCAACCAGAUGGUAGUGGCAGAUGCGUCUGUGCGGAGGGCUUCGAGCCCAGCAGUGACGGCGCAUGCAUCGUUAAGAACACCUGUCCGUCAGACGCCACGGGGUGCUCGAACUGCAGCGCAAGUGGCGAGUGCCUCUCAUGUGCGGACAGCAGCCACAACGUCCAGCCGAGCAAGAGAUCCUGCGCCUCAGGCUGUCCAAGCGGAUCAGAAUCAGUCGGCUCUCUCUGCAUAUGCAUGGAGGGGUACAUUCUCCAGGAUGACACAUGCGUCUCUCAGACCAGGAAGGCCAGCUCCAGCUCCACGACGGUCACUGUGGCAGUCGUUGUCUCUCUUCUCAUCAUAGCGGCCGUCGCCCUCGCAUGCUGGCUCGUCCUGCGGAGGCGGCGGGGAUCGAAGAUAGUCUCAAGGAAGAGAACAGCGGCCGAGAACAUAAAGCUCAUGGGCAGCGUAGAUGAGUUUUAA